UGGACUGCGGUGAGUGGGAGAGAGUCUAGAAAGGACUCCGCAGCCUUUCCCCAGCAUUAGCGCCAGCUGCGCCUCCUCCGCGGAUCGUUUGGCUUCCUGACGCGGCCGUAUCUGGAGCAAAGCAGGCAGAGUUUGCACUCUUCUCCUGAUGUCUGGGCGCUAGUCGAGACGACGCUUGGCGGCGCAGGCAGCCUCACCUGGAUUUUGUUUUCUUCUUUGCCCCAGAAGAGAUGGAGCUUGCAGCGGGACUUGUAACCGUGCUCUUGUUUGCUGUGGAGCCCUGGCUGGUUUUUUCGGGCUCACCUGUAUCACUGGAUCCACCAUCCCUUAGCAUCCAAAAAGCUGUCCUUACUGUAACUGCAAAUGAUACACUACAAAUUACUUGCAGUGGUGAACGGGCUUUGGAAUGGCUUUGGCCUAACAACCAGAGCAGCAUUGAAAACCGUCUAUCAGUGACCAACUGUACAGAUAACAUCUACUGUAAGAUGCUCAUUCUGACAAAAGUCAUAGGCAAUGAUACAGGAGCCUACAAGUGCUUUUACCAAGACAACAGUACAGCAUCAAGUAUUUAUGUUUAUGUGCAAGAUUUUACAGAGCUUCCAGAUUACAGAUCUCCAUUUUUGACAUCAGUUAGUGAUCAGCUUGGUGUUAUAUACAUAACUGGAAACAAAACUGUGGUGAUACCAUGCCUUGGAUCUACAUCAAACCUCAACAUAUCACUCCAUGCGAAGUAUCCAGAUAAAAUAUUUGUUCCUGAUGGUAAAUCAAUCACAUGGGACAGUCAAAAAGGCUUCAUUAUCCCCAGCAGUUUAAUCAGCGACGUGGGCAUGGUCUUCUGCAAAGCUAAGAUAGACAAUGAAAGCUAUCAGUCCGUGAUGUACAUUGUGGUGGUUAUAGGUUAUAAAAUUCAUGACCUCACAAUGAACCCUCCUCAGCAAGUAGAGCUGGCCGCAGGAGAGAAGCUAGCUCUGAAUUGUACUGCGAGGACUGAGCCGAAUGUGGGGAUUGUGUUUGAAUGGGACUACCCAUCAAGCAAGGCAAUGGCAAACAAGAAAAGGCAUGUUAUGAUCAGGGAUGUGAAGACAACAUCAGGGGCUGAAGUGAAGAAGUUUGUAAGCACUCUAACCAUAGAACACGUGACCUUAAAUGACAAAGGCCCAUACAGCUGCAGAGCCUCCAGUAGCCGUAUGAGUAAGAGAAACAGCAUUAAUGUCAUCAUCCAUGAAAAACCUUUUGUCACUUUGGAGAAGAUGCCUUCUUGGGUGGAAAAAAAGCUGAGUGAAUCAAUCAAAAUCCCUGUGAAAUUCACAGGGUAUCCACCUCCAGAUGCAAAAUGGUAUAAAAAUGGGAAUGCUAUUGCUGCAAAUCGUACAAUUAAACUUGGGUACUCCUUGACAAUUACUGAAGUGAGCGAAAGAGAUGCUGGGAAUUAUACUGUUGUGCUGACCAAUCCUAUUAACAAGGACUCAAAGAGACACACAUUUCAUCUGGCUGUGAAUGUCCCACCUCAAAUCGGUGAAAAUGCCCUUUUAGCAGCUGUGGAUUCCUAUAAGUAUGGCUCCAGUCAAACCUUAACAUGUACAGUAUAUGCUGUUCCAGCAGUGGCCAAAGUUCAGUGGUAUUGGCAGUUUGAGGAAGAAUGUACUUUGAAUCCACGGCAAACUGUCCUGGGGAAUAAUUCCUACACCUGUAAGAAAUGGAAAGACAUAACUGACAGAAGAGGUGGAAACCAGAUUGAAGUAGUAAAAAACCAAUUUGUUGCUAUUGCCGGGAAAAUGAAGACUGUAAGCACCCUUGCUAUUCAAGCAGCGAAUGUAUCUGCUUUGUACAGAUGUGUGGCUACUAACAAAGAGGGAGAAGGCGAGAGGAUCAUUCCCUUUCAUGUUACCAGAGGCCUUGAAAUUAAUCUUCAGCCCAACAUUCAGCCUACUGAGAAGCUCAAUGUAUCCUUGCAGUGCAUGGCCGACAAGCUCACUUUUGGAAACCUGUCCUGGUUUAAGUUUAGGCCUCGUGGCUCAGUGGCACGCCUGAACGGACUGCCCAUGUCUGAUUGUAAGAACCUGGAUGCUCUUCAGAAACUGGAUACUACAGCUGCACGUGCCAAUGGGGAGAACAUUACUCUGGAACUCCUUCUCCACAACAUUUCCCUCCAAGAGAGUGGGGAUUACGUAUGCAUGGCCCAGGACAAAAAGACCCAAACACAGCACUGCCUUGUCAAACGCCUCACUGUUCAAGAACCAGUGGCACCCACAAUUAUAAAGAAUCCUGAGAAUCAGACAACAAAUACUGGCGAAACUAUAGAAGUGUCUUGCAUAGCAAAUGGAGUUCCUUCUCCAGUCAUCAAAUGGUUUAAAAACAAUGAAUCCCUUAUUGAAGAUUCAGGUAUUGUUUUGAAAGAUGGGAACAGUAGUCUCAUCAUCCGAAGGGUGAGGAAAGAAGAUGAAGGGCUCUAUACUUGUCGUGCCUGCAAUGUCCUUGAUUGUGCAAAAGCAGCAAUGUUUUUUGAAGUGAAAGGCAAAGAUGAGAAAACGAACCUCGAGCUCAUUAUUCUGGUUGGGACUGCAGUAAUUGCCAUGUUCUUCUGGUUGCUCCUCGUAAUCAUUCUCCGGACCGUUAAACGGGUCAAUGGAGGAGAACUCAAGACUGGGUACCUAUCGAUCAUUAUGGAUUCUGAUGAACUCCCUAUGGAUGAGCAGUGUGAACGCCUCCCUUAUGAUGCCAACAAGUGGGAGUUCCCUAGGGACCGUCUAAAGCUAGGUAAGCCUCUUGGACGUGGAGCAUUUGGCCAAGUCAUUGAAGCUGAUGCAUUUGGAAUUGACAAAAUAACUACCUGCAGAACAGUUGCUGUCAAAAUGCUUAAAGAGGGUGCAACGCACAGUGAACACAGGGCACUGAUGUCUGAACUCAAAAUCCUCAUCCAUAUUGGUCAUCAUCUCAAUGUGGUUAACAUACUUGGGGCCUGCACAAAACCAGGAGGUCCACUCAUGGUGAUUGUGGAAUAUUGCAAGUAUGGAAAUCUGUCAGUGUAUUUAAGAAGCAAGCGAAGUGAUUUUGUUCCAUUCAAGACCAAAAAUACCAGGUUUUGGCAAGGAAAAGACAAUGUUGUGGCUGAAAUCCCAGCGGACCUGAAGAAACGCUUAGACAGCAUCACAAGCAGCCAAAGUUCAACAAGUUCAGGGUUUGGAGAGGAGAGAUCCCUCAGUGAUGUGGAUGAGGGAGAAGCAACUUCUGAAGAUCCUUGCAAAAACUCCCUGAGUCUGGAAGAUCUCAUCUGUUACAGCUUCCAAGUAGCUAGGGGGAUGGAAUUCCUGGCCUCAAGGAAAUGUAUCCAUAGAGAUCUAGCAGCUCGCAAUAUUCUCUUAUCAGAGAACAAUGUGGUCAAAAUUUGUGAUUUUGGAUUGGCUCGAGAUAUCUACAAAGAUCCUGAUUAUGUCAGGAAAGGAGAUGCUAGGCUACCCCUAAAAUGGAUGGCACCAGAAACCAUUUUUGACCGAGUAUACACAAUUCAAAGUGAUGUGUGGUCUUUUGGUGUACUCCUGUGGGAAAUAUUUUCAUUAGGAGCAUCACCAUACCCUGGUGUAAAGAUUGAUGAGGCAUUCUGUAGAAGACUGAAAGAGGGAACAAGGAUGAGGCCCCCAGAAUAUACAACACCUGAAAUGUAUCAGACUAUGUUGGAUUGCUGGCAUGGAGAACCCAAGCAAAGACCUACUUUCUCUGAACUGGUAGAACAUCUGGGGAAUGUACUACAAGCAAAUGUUCAUCAGGAUGGCAAAGACUAUAUUGUCCUUCCUCAAACUACUUUGCUGAACAUUGAAGAAGAUUCAGGACUUUUGCUACCAACCUCACCUGUUUCCUGCAUGGAAGAAGAGGAAGUGUGUGAUUCUCAAUUCCAUUAUGACAACACAUCAGGAAUGAGUCAGUCCCGUAAAGGAAGUAAAAGAAAGAGUCGUCCUGUGAGUGUAAAGACCUUUGAAGAUGUUCCUGUAGAGCCCACAGUAAGAGUGGUUCAGGAUGACAAUCAGACAGACAGUGGGAUGAUUCUCGCAUCUGAAGAACUAAAGACAUUAGAAGAUAAAUCUAAACAACUGCUAUUGCCCUUUAGUGGUCUUGUCUCCAGUAAAAGUAAUGAGUCUGUUAUGUCUGAAGCUUCAAACCCAACAAGCGGCUACCAGUCAGGAUAUCACUCAGAUGACAUGGACACUACAGUUUGCUCUGGUGAAGAAACAGAACUUCUAGCCCUCAGGGAAAAUACUUCUCAGACUUGCUGCACACUGGCAUACAACUCUGGGAUACCUCUUAAUUUACCUCCUGUUUAAGAAAGGGGGAUCCUUUCCCCAAAUAAGUGAUAACUGGAACUUGCUCUGAACAUUGCCUUUUUCUUAAACCAUUGGUGUUAGAUUCAGAGGAUUAGAAAAAAAAUGUUACCUGCAAGGAGAAGAGGACUAUAUGGAAUACUGACACCAAAACCACUGUUUAAGAGAAAGCUUAAAAAGCUAUCCAGGGCCACCAAGACUGUUUACUGCCACUAACAGAUCUACUUAGAUUGUUUGAUUACAAUGACAACACUGGGAACUUCAAGAUACACAUGAAAUGUUAAUGUUGUCGCCACAUUUCUAUGCAACUUUAUGAAGACAUGAAAGUAUUCUGACAGAAAACUGUGGGUUUUCAAAUCUGUCAGCAACAAAAUUCCAACAGUGCCUUUGUUCUCCCUGGGCAUUGGUCUUAAGGAAGACAAUCAAUGCAGUUUGCUGACCUUGAAUUCUCUUACAUUUCCACUUCUUCACUCAAAGCCUUCAUGAUCAAUGCUGGUGAAACAAAUCGGUGAAUACUGAUGAAAAGCAGACAGUCCCUUUUUUUGGAAAGAGGUAGCAUUUUGACUGUGUCGUCCUUGAUCAGCUGUGGUUCCUUGAAUGGAUAUUUGUUACUGAAACAAUUCAGUUUUGACUUGAUCAGUACUGGCAGAAUCAGUUAAAUGAUCCAGAGAUUUACCAUAAGUUUUCAUGAUCUUUGCUUUAGGUGAUCAACAGUGCAUGAUUGGCUUGAGAUACAGAUCCAAACUAUUUGCUGGUGUGCGGGGGGCGGGGGGGAGGGAGGGGAAGGAUGUAGUUCUGAUAUAAAGCAGCAAAGGAUUUUGUCACUAUAAACCCAUAUGUAUCAAUGACAUAUUAAAUAACUGGCUGCUCAGAUUUUGAGUGAUGUUUUUAAUGUAGGAAUUGCUAGACAGUUUUCUGUUAUUUGUUUGCCCAGAGUUCUAACAAGAUAUGAUGUAUAUUACAAGAUUUUUUAAAAGAUAUUGUAAAGCUAUUUUGAUUGGUGUUACUUUUGUAUUUUUGUGUUUUAUUCCAUGUUUUUGUACUAAAAUAUUUCAAGAACGGAGACCCCAUGAAUGAUCAAGAAACGGCACAUAAAAUAUUUAUAGUCUGGUUGUGUAGAAAGAAAUGUAAUAUAUUAAAAUAAAUAUAUAUUAUAUAUAAUGAAA